AGAAGUCUGCAAAACAAGAGACGGAGGAUUGCGUUAGCGACAUACCACUUCACGCCGGAGCCGCGGGUAGGAGCGUCGCGGUCGGACCCGGCCGCUGCGCGGUACUCUGAGGAAAAGCUACCGCCAGGCAAGAGCCGGACCCGGGCCUGGGGUGCGUGGCCGGCCGACCCCCUUGCCUCACGGCCGGCCCGGGCGCCUGCGGCUCUCGGGGCUCGCCCCGCGGGCGGAAUCCGGGUGCUGGCCGGGCGGGCCGGACUGCGGAGGCGGGAAGCUCGUCCGGGCCCGUCUCUGGAGUGUUUUGGACGCGGGGCGCGAGGCGGCAGCUCGGAGCAGGGCUCGCGGCGUGGAAGCCGGGGGCUUUCCUGUGGACGCGCCGCCGCAGCAGCAUCAUGGGGAAGGGCGACCCCAACAAGCCGCGGGGCAAGAUGUCCUCGUACGCCUUCUUCGUGCAGACCUGCCGGGAGGAGCACAAGAAGAAACACCCCGAUUCCUCGGUCAACUUCGCCGAGUUCUCCAAGAAAUGUUCCGAGAGAUGGAAGACCAUGUCUGCCAAGGAAAAAUCCAAGUUUGAAGAUAUGGCAAAAAGUGACAAAGCUCGCUAUGACAGGGAGAUGAAGAAUUAUGUUCCUCCCAAAGGUGACAAGAAGGGAAAGAAAAAAGAUCCCAAUGCGCCUAAAAGGCCUCCAUCUGCCUUCUUCCUGUUUUGCUCCGAACAUCGCCCAAAGAUCAAGAGCGAGCACCCUGGCUUAUCCAUUGGCGAUACUGCCAAAAAAUUGGGUGAAAUGUGGUCUGAGCAGUCAGCCAAAGACAAACAACCCUAUGAACAGAAAGCAGCUAAGCUAAAGGAGAAGUAUGAAAAGGAUAUUGCCGCAUACCGUGCCAAGGGCAAGAGUGAAGCGGGAAAGAAGGGCCCUGGCAGGCCAACAGGCUCCAAGAAGAAGAAUGAACCAGAAGAUGAGGAAGAGGAAGAGGAGGAAGAGGAUGAAGAUGAGGAGGAAGAGGAUGAAGAUGAGGAAUGAAUGGCUAUCCUGUAACGAUGCGUGUGCAGUGUGCGUGUGUGCUCAGGCAGUGGUUUUGCUAAGAAUGUGAAUUCAAGUGCAGCUCAAUAUUAGCUUCAGUAUAAAAACUGUACAGUUGUUUGUAUAGCUGAUAAGAUUCUUUGUAGAGAAAAUACUUUUUUAAAAAUGCAGGUUGUAGCUUUUUGAGGGGCUACUACAUACAGUUAGAAUUUAAAGCUUUUGAUGAAUGUUUCUGAAUAUUUAAUGGUUUCUUUAACUUUUUGACUUGUGUAUGGUAGCACAGCAAACUCAUAGAAAUUAGUAUCAAUAGUGAAUUUUGGGUUUUCUAGAAUGAGAGUGUUGCAUUGUUUUUUUUAAAAAGUUUUUGUAAUAAAAUUAUGUAUAUUA